AUGGACCUGCUCGACGCGCUCACAGAGAAGCCCGUCGUUGUCAACAGAGAGCACCACCCGCUGCCUGUGCGCUGCCCGCCCCCGCCGCUGCUGCCAGUGCGCGUCAACAUCCCGUACACUCGGAGUGACCCUUGCCAGCUUGCCGCCGCAUACGAGUUCGACUACCGCUGGGAGUGCGACCCCAAGGAGCUCGGGAACGGGUACUGCGGCGGCAAGAAGUGGCACUUCGAUCUCGCCCCGCCUUGUCCGAAAGACGGGAUCGAGGUCAACAUCAAGGUCCUGAAGCUGCAGGGAGUAGCGAGCCUGGAAGUCCUCUGCAACCUCUCCUGCACGCGGGACCUCCGCCUCUUCACCAAGCUUUCCGUCCACGCCAUGAUGAAGCACAUUUGGUCGAGUUUCAAGCUGCUGUUCGUCGUCGACCUGAUCCACGAGGCAGUGGCCGUGGUCGUGCUGGUCUGCUGGACGAGGAGCGCCCCUGUCUCGAGCGACCUGGUGAGGCGGCUGCUGUGGAGCGUCGUUGCCUCCCAGGGCCUGAGCGAGUGUCUGAUGCUGGUCACGACCGCCUGGAGGUGCAUGAGGGUGCUCGAGCCCAGCGGCUUCAUGCAGUGGGCCUGGCUCAUGAAGCACAGGAUGGUUGUCAGCGGCUUCACUGUCGUCCUUGCCGCCAUCAGCCAGGAGGAGUACUGGCCGCCUGCCUCGACUGGGGCCAGCGCCGUGCUCGCGGCGUCGAGCCUCCUGCACUGG